UCUAAUCCUCUCUAUAUAAUUCACCCCGCAGUAGUGCUCCGUUUCCAAGACCAUUGGAUUAGCCGUUCCCAAACAGCCCCUCUUUCCCCUUGUCGUUUGCGCAGGAAAAAAGGAGGAGCGCCGCAGCCGCAGCCGCAACCGGAGGGACGAGGAGGAGCGAUCCAAUGGCCGAGACCGAUGUGAUGGACGUGACCUUUGGGGACUACGUGAUCACCACCACCGUCACGUCCUCCGGCGCGGCCGUGGAGGACUGGCUCGUCGAGGUCCGCUCCGUGCACCGCCUCCACCUCCUCAACCUCGUCAUCGGGCUCGACGUCGAGUGGCGCCCCAGCACCCGCGCCGCGCAGAACCCCGUCGCCACCCUGCAGCUCUGCGUCGGCCGCCGCUGCCUCAUCUUCCAGCUCCUCCACGCCGACUACAUCCCCGGCGCCCUGACGGACUUCCUCGGCGACCCCGUCUUCCGCUUCGUCGGCGUCGGCGUGGAGGCGGACGCCGAGCGGCUCAGCGAGGACCACGACCUGAAGGUGGCCAACGCAGUGGACCUGCGCGUCGUCGCGGCGGAGGGGAUGCACCGCCCGGAGCUCCGCCAGGCGGGGCUGCGCGCCAUCGUGGCCGCCGUCAUGGGCGUCAGCAUCGUGAAGCCGCAGAGGGUGACCAUGAGCCGUUGGGACGCGCACUGCCUCAGCUACGAGCAGAUCCGGUACGCCUGCAUCGAUGCCUUUGUCUCCUUCGAGGUUGGCUACAAGCUGCUCACUGGCGACUACUGAUCGAGCCGUCGACGUGCCGUGGCCGUCGCGUGAAUAUCGUAAACUCGCAUCGCUUAAUUCUUGUUUGUCCUGAUGCGUUUAAGACUCGGUUCUUGCUGCAUUGCAAUUUCCCCGUUCUCUCCUAAUUACUGUUAAAUUUCAAGCCAAGGUUUUAGGGGUUUCUGUGAUUGAAGGAUCAAUCAGACAGGUUGGAGACGGGGAGUAAUUUAGCUACUGCGAUGUUUUGUUCUUGGCUUGCCUUUUGCUUUAGAGCAGGUACAAGAUUGUGGUGAUUAACGAGCAUUAUUAAGCAUGCGCGUGUUUUUAGGCCUUUUGUGUUGAUCGAGACUCGAUUGUACGAAGCCUUCUGAUCGGUUAUGCUGGACCUGCAUUGUUGCUGCCGAACUACGCUGCUUCGUGUUCUCGCGGAUUGGGACGUUGCGAAUUUCCAGUAUGUUUCGAUUGUGCUUGUACUGUCAGUUCAAUCGUCCGACGAAUCGAGCG